CGGCUGCUAACCCAAUCAGUAAAAAGAAAAUUUCCUAUCCGUUCGGACGACAGGCAAGUUUUUCGAUCUGCCCCUUUGGUACAAAAAUAUCCGGAAAAAGUUGUGCUGUAAUUUCUUUUUUUUUUUAAAUAAUUUUAUGUUUGUAAUAAGAAACAAAAUUUGAGUUUGUUCUCUUACCGAGUGGUUGUGCCUUGAAAAAUAUUUUUUUCAGUUUUGGUGUUUUUUACUAAAAAAUGUUUAGUAAAAGUAGUUUGUGUUUCUUUUUAUUAUUAUUUUCGACAACACCAUCAAUAUUAGGCGGCAGUGCUUUUAAUAGAAAUGGAAAUACGGAAAACGUUCUCCGAGAUGUCAUUACAUAUAUUGAAGGACAUUUAACAUUACAUGUUGUACCUCGUGAAAAUGGAACUCCAAAUGAAUGCAUCGACGAUGAUGGAUCGCCUUUGAAUGAAUUUCCUGAAUUGUUUACAGAGGAGCAACUACGCCAGGGAUGGAUUGCGAUACACAUCUUUGCAGCCAUAUAUUUCUUUGUUCUCCUAGCCAUGGUUUGCAACGAUUAUUUCCUACCUACAGUUGAGUGUAUUUGCGACGACUUACAUUUAUCGAAAGAUGUUGCAGCGGCAACAUUUAUGGCAACCGCAACAUCAAUGCCUGAGUUCUUUACAAAUACCAUUAGUACCUUAAUUACUGAAUCGGAUAUGGGACUUGGAACAAUUAUCGGUUCACUCAUGUUCAAUACCCUUGGUGUUGCAGGUUUAGCAGCACUUGCCAUAAAUAAGCCUAUUCAAUUAGAUUGGUGGCCAAUAGCAAGGGAUUGCUUUAUUUACAUGUUCAACACAGCAGUGCUUCUAUGCAUUGCGUGGGGUGGAAAAAUUACAUUCCUAGACAGUUGUAUUAUGAUGGUAUUUUUAAUACUAUACUUCAUCCUGACAUUCAACAAUAAUACAUUUAUGAAACAUAUUAGGGCAUUUGUUGAGGAUAGGCUUAAUUGUUGCUUUUCAACACGUUAUGAUCUGACUAUUGCACCAGAGCACAGUGCCAAAGCAAAACUCCCACUCAAAAAAGACGACAUUAAUGGAAAUGGAAUUUUCGUCGUUAAUACACCAGAAAAUACAUCGGUUGCUUCAAACAUCAACUUAACAAAUUCCAAAAUCUGGAGUGAUGAUGGAAGAAUAACAAUUGAAUUGCCUGAUAAAUUAUUUAAAUUGCCACACGAUAAAUCAAUUGCAAUGAAAAUUUGGUGGGCAUAUUCAUUCCCAAUCAAAGCAUUUUUGUCUUGCAUCAUUCCUAAUCCAAUAACACAAAGAAACUGGUAUCCACUGACAUUUAUAAUGUGCAUUAUUAUUAUUGGAGGCAAUGCAUAUAUGAUAGUCUGGAUGUUAACAGCUUUGGGUGUUACUCUUGGAGUUCCCGAAAUUGUAAUGGGUCUUACCUUCCUUGCAGCUGGUUCUACCACCCCUGAAGCAGUUUCUAGUUUAAUUUCUGUGCGGAAAGGUGAGAGCGGUAUAGGUGUAUCUAAUUCCUUGGGUGCCAAUUCGUUGGCAAUUCUCCUAUCACUCGGUGUACCAUGGUUUAUUAAAAAUUGCAUUAAUUACAACAAAACUGAUGGUACAAAUGCCAUUUAUCUUACAUCUCAGGGAAUCGAGUAUACAAUAUUAAUUCUUAUGGCAUCAACUAUUGGGCUUUUUGUCGUUUUAAGCUGUAGUGGAUAUCGACUUACGAAACGAGCUGGAAUUGCACUAUUCACAGUGUAUGGUAUUUUUAUUGCAUUGCAAAUUUUAAUUGAGAUGAAUGUAUUUUUCCCGAAGCAAUGUUAGUAGUUUUUAAACUAUUGCUAUUUUAUUCUAAGACUGUUUAGAUGUAAUAUUAUUAAUUUAUAAUACAUAUUGUUUGAAGACUAAGAUACAAAAUUGAUAUUCCUCAAAAUAGAUUCUGGCAUCUUUAUCAAAUUUUUAAAUAUCAGUAUUUAAAAAAAAAUAUGGCUUUGCAAAUUUAACUAUCUUUUCAUUAUAAGCAAAAUAACAGUUUUAUUUAUUUAAUUUUAAAAAUAUAUUUGUUUUAAUUAUAAAUAUCAAAUUAAAUUUCACAAAUCAUUUAGUCAAAAUUAAUUUAGUAGGGACUAUUUGCGACACUAAGAUAUCUAUUUUUGUUUUUGCAAGUCAAAUUAAUUUAAAAAAGUAGAAAAUGUUCAGACUUUAUAAUAUAAUUUUUUUUACAUUAAUUUACAUUAAAAGUGUUACAAUUUUGUCCUUAAAACUUGAGUUAUUAAUGGCCUCUAAAUAAACAACCAAAUAAUAUUUUAAGUGAUACAUACAUCUUAGUUAUUAAUUUAAAGACUUAUUUAAAUUAUUUUACAAAAAAAACACUAAACCUAUUUCAUUCUGCUCAAUUUUAACCUGUAUAUGUAAACAAAAACACGUCUUUUCAUACGUCUUAUUUUGUAUGUCGUUUCUAUUUAUAGUUUACUUUAACUAUUUGUCUGUUUGCUUCGUUUUGAAUAAACAAGUUUUAUAUUUUGUAUUCUUAUAAGUAUAAGAUCUAAGCCAAUUUCGAUGGUAACUUUAAAAGAAGAAUGGAAUUUGUUUCAAAAGUUAUCAACGCGAUUAUUUAACUUUGAAACUAACUCUUGGUUUAUAUACAACAGUUUCGUCAACCUAAUAAUUACUAAUUAUACAUUAUUCUAUGAAAGAUAUUUAUCAUUACUUUUUUUGAUUAAGAGACACAUUACGAACAAUCGAACAUUAUAUUAACUUUCAGAAUAAAGAAACAAAUUUAAACACA